GAGAAAAAGAUAAGGGAAUUCUAAAGACUCUUACCCCAUCACUUGUCAGUCUGAACCACCUCUUUGAAACAGGCUUUCGAAAGAUUAUUCUGUUUCUGAGUGAGAAAGAGAAACUUGCUGUAAAUGAGCUUUCUAAAAUAACAAUCUUAAAUAUGUUUUAUGAAAAAUGCUCAGUUUACUUAUUUCUUUGUUGGUGAAAGCUGAGAAGAUCUUAAUCUGGUACUGUUAAUGCCUAAGAAAAAAAAUGUUAAAGACUAUUUUAGGCCUCCAAAUUUGUUGUCAUUUGGGCCAGAAUUUUAAGAGACAUUCAAAUCAAUGUUGGUUUGUUUUUUUCUCUUUUCCUUUAAAAUGUUGAAUUAUUAAAGUAUACAAAUUUUGUCUCUAUUUUUCUACUAGUUGCCAAUGGUAGGGCAGACGAGGGUGUUACCCGUAGAAGGAGAACGAGUAGUUCUGCAUCGAAGUUUAUGGAAAGCUCCUACAGUCAUUGGUAGGGAAUGGGGGAGUGGGCUGUGUCUGGAGCUGGAGGGGUGACGUUGGCAAGCAGAUGGACCUGGAAAAAGGUGUGUGAGGAGAAGCAAUAAAGCGAAAACAAAAAUGAGAGACUUAGGAAGCAAAUGCAAAAAGAGAAAAAGAAAAAGUAUGAGAGGUCGAGUUUGGUUGGCGUGAGGUGGAGCGGGGUGGUGAUCACCCGAUUUUCCUUGGUACUUUUCAGUGGUCUGGAACCAAACCUGCAAUAUCUCCAAGUGUGCCGAGAUUUUGCUGUCCUGGAGGACCACACCCUGGCUCACAGCCUGCAGGAACAAGAGAUUGAGCAUCAUUUGGCAUCAAACGUUCAGCGGAACCGUUUGGUCCAGCAUGAUCUCCAGGUGGCUAAACAGCUCCAAGAGGAAGAUCUGAAAGCGCAGGCCCAGCUCCAGAAGCGCUACAAAGACCUUGAACAACAAGACUGUGAAAUUGCUCAGGAAAUUCAGGAGAAGCUGGCUAUUGAGGCAGAGAGACGACGCAUUCAGGAGAAGAAGGAUGAGGACAUAGCUCGCCUUUUGCAAGAGAAGGAGUUACAGGAAGAAAAAAAGAGAAAGAAACACUUUCCAGAGUUCCCAGCAACCUGUGCUUAUACAGAUAGUUACUAUUAUGAAGAUGGAGACCAACCAGGGUCAAGGAGGGCCAGGGAAUUGGGUUCUGGAUUCUCAAGACCUUGUAGACUCCAAAGAGAUGGAAAGACUGUGAAGCAGAAGAAAGAGAAACCAGAACAUCCGCUGGAGAACUUGGAAGAGCCAGAACAACAUCGUUCAUCAGAGAGAUCCCUGUCAUCCUCUAGCUCUGGCAAAGAGAGGGACAAGCCCCAAAUUAACAAUGAGCAGCAUGAAAGGAAACGGUCCACUCAGGAGAGGCCCCGGAGACCUCUGCUUCCCACAAUCAGUGGUGAAGUGUUUCUGAGCACUGAAUGUGAUGACUGGGAGACUAAGAAUAACCAUCAGACUCGAAAUUGGGAAAAACAGUCUCGACACCAAGAUCGACUUUCACCCAAGUCCUCACAAAAAGCAGGGCUUCACUGCAAGGAAGUUGUAUAUGGGAGGGACCAUGGGCAAGGUGAGCACAGAAAAAGGAGACACAGGCCCAGGACUCCUCCAUUCUCAGAGAGUGCAGAGAGUGAGGAGCAGCUCCACCUCCAUGACCCAGGAAUUAAGCCAAGAGUGACGAAAGAAACUAUACCUGCUCCGUCACGAACCACCCACAGGGAUCAGGAAUGGUAUGAUGCUGAAAUUGCCAGAAAACUACAAGAAGAAGAACUUUUGGCUACCCAGGUGGACGUGAGAGCCGCUCAGGUAGCUCAGGAUGAAGAAAUCGCUCGACUUCUAAUGGCUGAAGAAAAGAAAGCUUACAAAAAAGCCAAGGAGCGGGAGAAACCGUCUUUGGACAAAAGAAAGCAAGACCCUGAGUGGAAGCCCAAAGCAGCUAAAGCAGCAUAUUCAAAGUCGAAAGAGAGUGAUGAACCUCACCGUUCUAAGAAUGAAAGGCCAGCACGGCCACCACCACCUAUGGUGACAGAUGGUGAAGAUUUGGAUUACACUCAUUUUACAAACCAGCAGAGUUCCACACGGCAUUUCUCAAAAUCAGAGUCCUCUCAUAAAGGUUUUCAUUACAAGCAUUAAAAACCUAGGAAUCUGCCUUGAAAAUGGACUCACUAUAGCAAAUAUUACUGGGUGAUACAGAAUGAAUUCUACACUUAUUUUUUUCUCCUGUGUUUGCAUUCCUGGGAUUUAUCCUCAAGUGUAUUUCUGACCAUAAAUAAUUUUUAAUUCAUUUCAAAUAUUUUGGUUAUUUGUAAUCACUUGGGCAGUAUAAGAAAAUGUAGCUUCUGAAUAUUGGCCACCUCUAUGCUGCAUAUAUCUAAGAGCUCUGUAAACUGCCAUUUUGUUAGGUAUGGAAUUUGGUAUCUAGGGAGUAGGCCUUAAUUAGCAAUUCAAAUUUUAUGGAGAUGAAUGAUUAAAGUAAAACAAUGUUUGGAUGCAACGCAGAAUAAAAGAAUAUAAGAAAUAGCUUUUUGUUGCAUUAGUGUAUGAUAUUUUGAAGGAGAGAGGCUUUGCUUUUUGUAUUCUUUAGGAAAAGAAAAUCACUACCAUAAAGUAUUUU